GGACUCAUUACGGAACGAAUUUACGCCGCAUCGGGCGGCGGCGACACAUUUAAACCUUCCUGUCGUCGAUGUUUCUCUUAGUUCGACGCGUACCAUUGUGCGAUCAUCGACACGCGCCCACUUUUCACCGGUCGCUUUUAUUAAUCGCGCCCGAUCCGAAGAAAUAUCCGAUCGGCAGAAAUCAGAAAUAGCAUACGCGCUCCUCGCCGGCCGGGACAACACCUUAUCGUCCCCGCAGACUCCGCAUGAAGCCGCGGCGCUCUCUCCAGAUCAUCGUUUUAGUACGGGCAGACACAAUGCGCGACAAUAAUUCGGAAGUGAUCACCGUCCGCGCGAACUACGCGCGUUAUAUGUGCGCGUUAUAUUUCCACGAUGCGAUCACUCGUAACGGCGGAUCGAGCGACAUUAUCGUCUCGACGUUAAUGGGCUCAUCAAUCGCGCGUACAUCGGGCAACGUUAUGUAAAUGCUUCUCACCUGACACACGACAAUUCUGAUGGUUUAACGAUGACACCGAUGGCUACUAUACGGCGGCUUUUAGCCAGAAAUCGAUAAUCCGGUAUUCCGAAAGAGCCAGAUUGCAGCGUGAGCGACCACGGUCAUGGUCUUGAGCGGCACGCUUACGGACUCCAGCUUUUUGGCUAUCACACCGUCUAAAAUCAAAUUUAAACCGCACUUUUUCCAGCCUAUCACGGAGACCCGACCUUCGACGAUGGUAGGUGGUCGUAGGGUGAAGCAUGCGGCGAGCAAUGAAACCACCACCACGUCCAUGGUCACCGGCGGCGUUACCAAUAGGAGCGACAACGUCGUUGUCUCCACUGUACAGCCGACCACCACUCAGCAAAAAGUCCGGCGGAUCUUCGAGGAGCAGGCCAGGUGGCAAGAAAGCGGCCCACGCAGACGCGUGAAAUGCACAUCAUCGGGCACUGCCUAUUGCGUAGUUAACAACUACAGCAUCGUCGCCUCUAGGGGCGAACUUGCUCGAAAUAACCGCGCCGCGAGUGAAACGACGACGACGACCAGCGUCAUUACCAAGAGACGAGCGUCGUCGAUCGUAAACGGGAGAAUCCACAAGGAGGAGACCGCUCGGAGCGGCAUCCUCGCCUCAGAGGAGUCGAGGAAACCGAAGGACGUGCCGAAGGACUCAGCGAGACCGGGAAUCUCAAGGGGCAUCCAACGAGGUAUAAUCAAGUCCGCUUCCGUGCCGAAGGAUUUGAAGGAAGGUCUUCCAGUGAGGGAAAGAACGUUACAACGGGUACCGGAGGAGGGCAUCCUGAAGAGGUCUUCCGCCUUCCUGGCGAGCCUAGCGCAUCAUCAUCAUCAUCAUCAUCAUCCCUCCAGCAAACUCGCCGAGAGGAAUUCGCCGGACGACGAGUUAGCUAAGUUUCUCAGGCCGUCGGACGGCUACGAGCUUCGCGGUUCAUCCUCGAGAUACGCCGGCCCGAAGGGCUAUUUCUCGAUCUUGACAAACGACGACGACGACGCUGGACUGUGCGCUCUGCGGCCGUCGUCUAGCGCCCAAACGUUAUCGACGAGCUUGAAGAAGAAGGGCGUCGGAGUGAAGAAGUCGGUCUCUUUCAGCUCCGAUACCAGCUUCGAGGAAAAACGCGCGCCAUACCGGAAGCCUGCCGUCCACGAAGCCAAGGUCUAUCGCAAAGGCGUGCUUCAAGACCACAUACGCAAAGAGACGAUCAAACCAAAAGUGCCGCCUUCGUGGGAAAUACCCUCUGGGGGCCCUACGGCCCUUCUGAGGGCCGCCAGAGAGGCGGACGACACCGGUCUAAAAGAAAUUGUCGCGCAGGCGCGGAAAGUAGGCCUGAAAGGUAUGGACGUCAACGUGGUCGACAGCAGCGGGAGAACGGCCGUAAGUUACAUGGCUGGGAACGGCGCGGCGGCGAUGCUCGAGCUGGCGCUCUCUUUCGAAGGCGUGGACCCGAAUCUGCCCGACAACGAGGGCAACACGCCGCUCCAUUUUGCCGCCCAGGCCGGACAGACCGAGUGCCUCAACAUCCUUCUGCAGAGGUGUCCGGACAUCGAGGUGGACGCUAGAAAUACCUUGGGCUUCACGCCGCUCAUGAAGGCCGCCCUUCAAGGUAGAACCAAGUGCGCAAAGAUUCUUCUGUUCGCUGGCGCAAAUCCUACCUUACGCGAUCACGGUAGAGGCUUGAGGGCCGAACAAUGGGCGAGGUUUUGCGGCAGGUACGUGUGCGCCGAGAUGAUCGAGAGAUUCGCGAGGCAUCGUCUGUUGGAGAGAACGACGUCCUGCCGUUGGGGCAGCGAGCCUGAACUGGCUGCGAAAGUCCUGCAGGGAAAGGUAACGCCUAUACCCACGACGCCUAUGCCGCAACCCUCCGGAUUAAAGUCGAAAAUAAAGAAAGUCUUCCGCACCACCUCCAGCCCCGAUCGAACCUUCUCUCUGGUCUCGCAACUCACCAGCGCGGCUCUCUGCGCGAGCAGUCCGGCUCUGCCGAAGCCCUCACCUGUUGUAAAAAGUCUUCUGCGGCCAUUGAGUGUGCCCCAGUUAAGGGUGACGUUGGUUUCGCAGCAGGACUUCUUGGAGAAGACCUCCGAAAAGUACGGGACGAAUUUCACGGACAAGAUCGAGAACUCCAUCGCGAAGCCACCACGCUCGAAGAAGAAGAGCAAGUAGUCGAACGUAAAGCUUUCGCGGUCACGGGCCGCGUUUAGAACUUCACUUCGCAUUGAACACACGCGAGGGGAGAUUAUUGAAAUCUGCUUGACGCUAAAGCAGCAAGACGGACAGAGUGUUUGUGAUCCAUUCGAGAUCAUUUACGUGUUAUCCGAUUCCGCUGUUGCCUGUAACCGGCCGAUCGUCGAUCCGAAGCCGCGGUCCCUCAAGUAGAUCGUAGUUUGUUCGUUUUUACCUCGCCGAUAAAUAUUAGCGAUGCAUUUCACCCGGAGGACGUUCGCGGAGAUCGAAAGGGAGGAAACCUUCGAUACUCGAUCGCUCCCGCUAAAUCACGAUUUCCAAGUCGACGGCUGCUGUUGAAGUGUUGUCAUGUUUACGGUCCGCGUACUCGAGAUUGUUUUCGAUGUAAACCGCCGCCGCGGCCGGACGUAUAAACAUUCGGAACGGUCGAAUUUUAUUUUUAGUUUGAACUCAUAAUGGAUCGUACGACGUGUGGCGGGACGAGGCGCGGCACGGCGCGCGAGCGCGGUUUACAGGAGAUCGUAAAAUCACGAUCGAAAGAUCACGUUGAAGGAGCGUGAUGUUCCUCCCGUUGAAUGGAAUCUCGAUUUUUCUUUCCAGGAAACGUGAAUGUGUAACUUUAAACAGGCGCCGAAGCAAAGCCUCGGGGGUUUUUAUAGAUUAAAGUGUUAAAAAUGAUCGAACGGGCUUGCGAUCAAUCUAUGUCGCAGGUCUCUCUCUCUCUCUAACUUAUAAUACGCGUUUUACGUACAAGAUUUUAUAUCGAUGCAGUUGCUGUCAGAUGGUUAUUUAAAUAAAUGUCUUAUUAAUUAA